CAGGGCACGUCUUCAUGUGGAAGAAAUGACUGGACUAAUCCAUGAGCUACAGGAGUAAGAAGCUGCACUUAAGAUGUUCUCCUCUGAAACUGUGCUGUUGUGUUCUGAGUGCAUGAUGUUCAACACAAACAUGUCACCGAAACAAACACAACAUCAUGUUUUGUUUUCACACUGUAUGCACACACUACUGUUUUUUAUUCACAUUUGUAAUAUCUGUCAAAAGAAGGCAGGGCUUUUCCAAAAAAGAGGAGGAAAAAACAACAACAACAAGCAGUGCUACACUAUAUGCUGACUGACCUAAACAGCAUUGUUUUUUAGUUUGUUUUCAUAAAAGCAAAAAAAUGUUGAGUGAGCUGGAUUAUACCGGAGCCAGGCAACCGUUCACAUGAAUAAAUCAAUCAAAAGGGACAGAAGUAAAUAUCUGAGGAGGCAUAAUCCGUGAUUGUUUCCCGGAGCAGCCCACAGCUGUCCUGCAGACUAAAUGAAAAAAGCCGCAAGUGGCAACAGCAGCGAGGGAUUACGAGCUCAUCAUCUUCCAGCGAGCGCAGCGGCGGACUCCAUUCCUCCUCAUGAUCUGGGAUGGGAUUUUGUAGGGACUGGAAUCGUUUGGGUCAUGGGUUCUGCCUGCUACACAGCAGAGAGAGUGCGGUUCCCCGAGGUCCCGCUGAACUCCAGACAGCGAGGGUCUCUCCAGAAGAACAGUCUUUCUGUGUCUCGGGGGCUGCUGCGCUCCAGCAGUGACAUGAACCUGGUGACGCGUGCCGUGAGUCCAGAGCAGCUCAGUCUGUCACCGCAGAAGAUGCAGAGAGACCCGAGCGGACGGGGAAAGAUGACGGGCCGCGGCGGCAGAACCGUCCCGAGCAGCCAUUCCCUGUCCAUCAGCCUGGAGGACGAGCAGAGCGUGCCGCAGAAAUGUGUCAAUGGCAGGCCGUGUGGCCAGAGCUCCAGGAGGAAGCUGUACAGUGCUGUUCUCGGACGUUAUUUCAUCGCCGUGCGCUCAUACCAAGCCCAAGCUGGCGGAGAACUCAGCCUGCACAAGAAUGACAGGGUCAGAGUUCUGAGCGUUGGUGAAGGGGGAUACUGGGAGGGCUGCUGUCGAGGGAAUGUGGGCUGGUUCCCUGCCAGGUGUCUGGAAGAGAUUCCUGUCAAACCUGACAAAGAGAGACCAAAGAGCAGAAUGGAGCUCAGUGACAGGAAAAAACUCUUCAGACAUUUCACUGUCGGUUCCUAUGACAGCAUGGACAGCGACUGUGUGACCGAGCAGAAAACGGUGGUUUUACAGAAGCAGGAGAACGAAGGCUUCGGGUUUGUGCUGCGAGGAGCUAAAGCAGACACACCCAUCGAGGAGUUCAUCCCGACUCCUGCGUUCCCCGCGCUGCAGUACCUGGAGUCUGUGGAUGAGGACGGCGGCGCCUGGCAGAUGGGGCUCCGCUCGGGAGACUUUCUCAUUGAGGUCAACCAUCAGAAUGUGGUGAAGAUGGGACACCGGCAGGUCGUUAACAUGAUUAAACAUGGAGGAAACCGACUCGUCCUUAAAGUGGUGACGGUGAGCAGGAAUCCCGAACAAGACGACAAAACCCGUAAAAAAGCUCCUCCUCCACCGAAGAGAGCCCCAACAACUGCACUCUCAAUGAGAUCCAAGUCCAUGACAUCGGAACUAGAAGAAUUAGAUAAAUUUAAAGAGACUGCGAUGCCACAGAAGCUUCUGCAUGAAAAAGGAUCAUUGGACAAAAUUGCCAUGAACAACCCCCGCCCCUCGAGUCGCUUUUUGGCCUCACCUAUGGAUUUUAAUCCAUCUACGUCUGAAAGGCCAGGAUUUGCUGUAGUUCCCCCUAGUGUUCCUGGAAGAUCCCAUGGAAGUUAUGUUUGUGUGCCAAAAAGCUGUAUGAGAAGACAAAAGUCCACUGGAAUUGCAGGAGAAGAAAAGAAGCUCCUGAUACCUCCACUGCUGAAGUUCACCAGAAGUCUCUCUAUGCCUGACACUUCUGAGGAUAUUCCCCCACCUCCAGGUGUCUCUCCUCCAUCCCCACCUUACAACCUCAGUACUCCUAUGGUACAAGGAUAUGAGCCCAACCAGCCCAUUUACACACAGAACUCAACAGGCAGAUACCACACUAUAGACAGAGAUCUAGUCGGGUACCAUCGUCAGCACUUUGAACAAUAUGACUGUCAAACUCCUUCAGCUGCCCAGCAAAACAUGUGUUCCCAUAACAGGGCCCAUGGGCUAGAGAACCCAUAUUCAGACAUAGUGGACAAAACUUUGUAUAUCCCACCAAAACCAGCUCGUAGGAAGGGUAUAUUGAUAAAGCAGCCAAGUAUUGAGGAUAGCCCUGAGAAAACAAGUUCAAUCCCAGUACCAACCAUUAUUGUGAAAGAGCCUUCGACUAGCAGUAGUGGCAAAAGCAGCCGGGGAAGUAGCAUGGAAAUUGAGACUAGCACCUCUGAGCAGCCAGGCCAACUACGACCAGACGGCAGUGUCAUCAAGAGCAACCCUUUUGCAGCUGCUAUUGCAGGGGCAGUACGUGACCGUGAGAAGCGGCUUGAAGCACGCAAGAACUCCCCAGCCUUCCUGUCGAUGGAUCUCGGAGACGAGGAUCCAUUUAUCCCUACCUCUCGUUUACGCCAAUCUAUGUCCAUAGAUGAAGGCAUGUUUGCCAGCGAUAAGAGUUUACAAAAGCUUAUGGCUCCACCAGCUUCUUUAUUAGAGGGCCAGCAAAUCAGAAGUGGAGGCAACAUGACUGACUUUACCAUCCCAGAACCAACAACUGAGCCACUCACAACACACACCGGGAGCUGCCCCAAUACAGACGGUCCCAUCAGUCUCGAUGGAGAUUUCCAAAACCAGACCUCAGGAAAGACUCAUGAUAUUUGUCCACACUUGGCUCUGGGUCUAGCUGCAAGUAAUAGAGCUCAGAAGGAGCAAGUGCAACCCCCUCUUCUUCCACCUAAAGGAGAACCUCACAAAGCAAACCUCAACCAGCCACUCUUCAUAUACACCAAGCUACAGUCCAAUAUUGAAGCCAACUUUGUUGCCACAGCUGCAGUGGGUCAAGCAAAAGAUUGUGGAGGUUCGUCUAGACACACAAAAGAGUACAAUCAUGAAACAGAAAGGGCGAAGGAAUGUAAUCCAUCCGAGCAGUUGAAAAACAUCAAUAACACAUCACAACAGCAGUCAGUGGGGCUCCUCAUGGUCCACACACAAGAUAAGGCCAAGCCACAAGUAAACACUCAGCCUGAUAAAUUAGAACAAGAAGAGUCCCCUGGAAUAGAUAGUGCACCCAUUGAUUCCAACGUCAAACGUACAGCCUACAACUCCCAUCCACCUCAUACGAGGAAUGCUGUCACCUCUGCCACCUCUGUGGAGGAGCCUGUCAGGUUUACCUGUACCAUUCCUCCUCCCCCAAUGACCUCGGUGGAAAUUGAUGAGGAGUUUGAACCCUUGCCUCCGCCUCUGGAGUUUGCCAACAGCAUUGAUGUUCCUGAGGACCAGGUAGUAGAGAUUCUCACACAAAAAAAGAUUAAUGCAACAAUAGGACCUGUUUAUCAUUCACGUGCUUCUACAACUGACGGUGUAGAGUCCAAGUGUCUUUCGGGGCUUGUAAACUGCAGGACUCCUCACACCUACCCUCCACCACCUCCAGAAAUGUUUGAACCCGUCACGGACUCAGGCAUCGAGGAAGCCGACAGUCGGAACAAUGGGGACCCUCACUUUGAGGUCAAUAGUACAAUUUCCACAGUGUCCAGUAUCUCUACUCUUUCAUCAGAGGGAAUUGACGACACAUGUAUAGCCUAUGCAGACGGGCAGACUCUUUCGAUGGACAGACCACCUGUUCCACCAAAGCUAAAAAUGAAGCCCAUAAUCAAUAAAAGCAAUGCACUUUACAGGGACCCUUUGAUACACGAGAGCAUAGAGUUCUCUGGACAGACACCACCAGCCCCUCCGCCACCCCUGGGUUGUGGAGCACAAUCUGAGCUUCGCAAAAAGCUUGCUCAGCGAGGCACUAAACUGUGGGACCCCCAUGAGCUCCCGAACCCCCUCAAUGUAGAUCCUAAAUCCAAUGUGAUCAAUGAGCUUAGCUCCAAACUUCUGCAGAUGAACAAGGACAGAUUUCCAACACAGGGAGGGUCACCACCUGCAGGCUCCAGAAGCACUGGAUCAAGAGAGUGGACGGCCCAAGCCUCAACACCGAGACACUUGCCCCCUCAGGCUUCCAGUCCAGCCUCGCCUCCUCCUGAAUCUGGUCAUUGCUCUUCUCUCCCAGGCUCUGCCGCCUCUCCCACAUUAACAGAUGUGUUUAGCCUUCCAUCUCCACCCAUUGUGAAUGCAGAGCAAUGCUACAGCCUCAGCUCAGUCAGCAGUCGAUCGCCAUCCCUUCUCAUGCUGUUUCAGGCUUCAGACAAGCCCUUUGCUGACAAACCUGUCCUACUCUGGACCAAGCAUGAUGUAGCCGACUGGCUUGAAAGCCUGAACUUGCAGGAACACAAGAAGGCCUUCUUGGACAAUGAAAUCGAUGGCACCCACCUUCCCAACCUCCAAAAGGAAGACCUUGUAGACUUGGGUGUCACCCGUGUUGGUCACCGGAUGAACAUUGAAAGGGGUCUCAAACUUCUAAUGGACAGAUAAAGGGUGCAUACACUCGGUACAGUGCUUGACUUGGAUAAUGGCUUGAUCAAUCCCUCAUUUUCUCUAACUUCUUUCAGUCUAUCUGUGAUGCAUCUGUUGGAAAUCGUGGGACGAUGUUCCCUGUAUUGUGGUCAGAGGCACAGUAAGUACCAUGGAUGCAGAACUGCACUCAGGAACACUUCUAAGAGGACUUGUUCUUGCCAUCAAAAGCUCUGUUUAAAUGUCAGGAGUUUGUCUCACGUGGACAACUCUAAGCAGAAGCGCUUGAAGGUCCUUUUUUAUUUUACUUUUGAUACAGCUAUUUCUGGGAAAAUUUCAUUUCAGAUGAUUUCUGCAAGCAUUCUGUAUGUGGCAGAGAACAUGGAUACCCAGAAGAGCACUGUUGUUAGCUGAAAACAUUAAAUUCACUCAGGCUUUGACAGGAACAUGUAUUCACAUCCUUAAUAAAUGUUGGGUACAUCCCAGAUAAGUGCAAGGGAUGGUGGCACUUUAGCAUCUAUUUAUAUUUAUAGAUGCUUCUUGAUUUCCAUGAGAUUGAAUGAGGACGGAGUCACGUACAGCUUUGGUUUCCAUGUUGUCUGAUCCUGUCGGUGAAAAUUAAAUACACAUAUGCUUUUCCUAACUACGGAGCCCUGCACAUGACAUGCAAGAAAAAAUAAAUUGUGUGCACGAUUUACUAAUUUAUUCCCUGGAUGUACUAAAAUGUGCACACAAUAACUAUUUCGUUCCCUGGAUUUGCAAAAUCAUGCUCACAAUUUAAUAAUUUGUUCUCUCGAUUUAUAAAUCGUGCACAAUUUAUAAAUCGAGGGAAUGAAAUAGUAAAUCUUGCACACAUAGCCUAUUUUUUUCCUGCAUGCCAUGUGCGUGGCUCUGUACCUAACAUUUCCCGAAACAAAAAUAAUAUUAUUUGUGUUCUUGCUGCAGAUACGCCAAGAUAUAGAGAAUAAAAAAAAAUCAAUAAAUAAAAAAAAACAAGUCUUGAGAGGCAGAACGAUCUUAAUGAGAGCUUGUGGCGUAGCUCAUUAAUCAGGUGUAAUUAUUGUGCUUAUCAGCUGCCAUGGAUCACAUAACAUCUAUAUAAGCUUCACAUUAAGGUAGCGACUGAGCUUUUUUAUAUUGUGACUUGGUUGUAGAUUGCGAUAUUUAUUGUAUGAAGGUGGAUGUUAAUAUGAGGUUGCUGAGGACCAUUAGAAAGUAGAGGAGUUUAAACAGACGGAAUGACUGGAGAUUGACAUUUUGAAUAAAGAAAAUUACAAGGUCAAAACUAUUUUGAAAAAUGAAAUGUUAUGCAUAGAGGAAUACCUCACAAUACGACCAAUAACACAUUUAAAAGAGAAGCUUGGAAUUAAAUGGAAAUUCACUUAUUUUAAUGUGAGUUGCAGUUUUGGAGAGAUUCCCUGAGUCCGGUUGGUUUUCUUUCUUUGUCAGACACUAAACAGAGGCUGUAUUAAUCAGGUUUAGUUAAUAUAAAACUUGGAACCAUGUUUCUUAGCCAACAUACAAUAUAUAAAUUGAGUAAAUGAUUACUUUUUAAAUUUUUAUUUUUGUAUGUGCCACUCAUUGCAGUACUGAUAGUGGUAAUGUCUCUCAAACACACACACACACACAUAUAUAUAUAUAUAUAGUUAUUACCUGUUGCUGAGAUCCUGAGUGGUGACUCUCAGUAUGAGUGAAUAUAGAACAAUAUUUUCUAAAUGUGGGCUAGAAAUUAAAAAUCGCAAGCCUUUCCUAAAGGUUUGCCAAUACACUGCUGCUACUGUGAAAAUAGAUAUUUUACAAAACAGAUCAUCUUUGGAUAGCAUAUAAUACAA